ACGUGGGCUGGCCAAUGACAGAAGCUCCAUCCACACUGACUGAUGCUCAGCAGCCCCUGAUUACGCGUCUAUGCUCACAACUUUUACGCACAAGACAAAAUGAGAGCCUUUGUUUCAGCAGCGACGUUCCUGUGGGUGAUAGCGAUACCCUGCACGGAAGCCAUCCACGGACUGUAUAACUUUGGCCAGCACGAGUUAUUCUACAAGAAGAACCACUGCAAGCAAAUCCCUGCAAACCUUCUGCUGUGCCACGACAUCGAGUACACGGAGAUGCGCCUCCCGAACCUGCUCGGACACGAAACCAUGAACGAGGUUCUGCAGCAAGCCUCGUCCUGGAUCCCGCUGGUGCAGAAGCAAUGUAACCCCGACACGAGAAAGUUCCUGUGCUCCCUCUUCGCCCCCGUGUGUCUGGACGACCUGGACGAGCCCAUCCAGCCUUGCAGGUCCCUGUGCGAGAGCGUCAAGCAGGGCUGCGCGCCCGUGAUGUCCGCGUUCGGCUUCCCCUGGCCGAAGAUGCUGGACUGCGACCGUUUCCCGCUGGACAACGACCUGUGCAUACCCCCUGCAGGCAUCGACAACUCUGUGCCAGCCACCAAAGAAGUGCCCAGAGUGUGCGAUGCUUGCAAAGAAACGGACGAAAAUGACAACGAAAUUGUUGACAACCUGUGUAAGAAUGACUUUGCUCUGAAGAUCAAAGUGAAGGAAAUCUCCUACAUCAACGGUGACACCAAGAUAGUGCCGGAGACCAAGAGCAAGACCAUCUACAAGCUGAACGGCGUAACGGAGCACGACCUGAGGAGGACGGUGCUGUGGCUGAGGGACGGCCUGCAGUGCAUCUGCGAGGAGAUGAACGACAUCAACGCUGCCUACCUGGUCAUGGGCCAGAAGAAGGACGGCCAUCUGGUCAUCACCUCGCUGAAGCGCUGGCAGAAGGGACAGCGUGAGUUCAAGAGGAUUUCCCGCAGCAUCCGCAAGCUGCAGUGUUAGAAAGCAGAGAAAAAAACGAAAUGCAUGUGUUACUGUUGAAGAUAAAGUUCAGUUGAGCUCUUCCCCCAUUUUAAUUUCACAAUUGGUGUCAAAUAAAUUUCAACAAUGAGGUUUUCCCUGGCAUUUAAAGACACAUCCCUCCAUGUGUCAGCCAUUGGUUUAUCAUUAGAAAUGCCAGACAAAGCUAAAAUAACUUGCAUUUAUUUAAGCCUGCAAACUAGAUUUCGGCCGAUACAUUGAAACUAAAGCCAAACUACUUUAAGCGGCGACCUCUGGAUUCUAAAAAAAGACUUAUUAAACGUGGUGCAGACAUUCAUCUGACUUUCUUCCGAUGACUCCCAUUCAUUUUGCACUGGCCCGUUAAUGCAGGGGCCAGUUCUCAAGCAGUGUGUCCCUCCCUGGGGAGCUGUCUUCGCUGUCACCUCAUUAAUUGCAGUUAAUUGCCCUCGGCCUCUGUCCCAUGUGCAGACCAAUCACUAAUUGCGUUGUUAGAGUUUUGAAUCCAGGAUUAUAAAAUGACUGACUCUAAUAAUCAUUGGCAGAUGAGGCCUACUGUUAAAUCCUGAAGAAAGGCCGAGUUUCAUUAGACUUAAAAUAGACUUUUCUUUUCUUUUCUGGUAACAAAAAGUUAUGUUUUCUUGUCUCCUGGACGCCUCAGAGUUAAAUCCUCUAAAUUUCUAUUAAAAAAGUCAAAGGCCUUCACUGCUCAAGACAGGACUGCACAAUUUAACUGUAUUUUAGGUUCAUUAAAGUCUUUCUAAAUUUGGCACAUGCUUCCUACAAUUACAAACAUUGAGUCCCUUUGUGAGUGAAGCUGUGAUCCUGUGUCCGAGACAAAGAUAAAGCUAUUGGUGUUUUUGUGUUCUUACCGUUUUCUCAAGCAAAAAAGAAAAUGAGAGAUAGCUGGCUAUAUUCUCUGCCUGUUCAACAUUUUUAAUAUUCUUGGUAAACCUUUUGUACUUGAGCCACUGCAUAUUUUUCUACCACAAUAUGAUAAAAACUAAAUAUUUUUCUACUCCAGACUUUCCCAUGUCUUUUAAACUUUUCUGUAAACUUCAUCCUGUUGUUUGAGUAACACAAGUUGGUUUUUGUUGAUUAUCUGAGUUCUGGUUGGUGGUUUUGAUUUGACGAGGAGUUAUUUGGCGCAAAUAACCAUAUGGUGGUGUGUGUGUGUGCAAUGUAAAGUUUGUUUGUUUUUGUUUCUUGGAAAGUAUUACUGUGUAAAUAUCUAAUACUGUCCGUUUUAUCUUGUGUAAUGUUUCCAGCUAUUAAAAGUUGCCAACAUGUUUUUUUGAAAUCGCUCAUGAACUGAGUGUUGAGACCGUUAAGAGGUUAAGUUCAAUAGAAGUAAAACAAUACACUCAUACAUAAAACAUAACAAAAUAAUCCUCAUGGCCUCAGAUAUAGGACUAACCUGAAGUCUGCAGAAUCUGCGGUCAAACACCGCCAUCUUGUGGAAGUCAGCUGUAAAACUUGCUCAUUAUUUGGUGUUAAUUUCAGUGUUUACAGUAUUUUUUUUUUCCAAUAAAAUAUUAAACAAUUUUCUUCUCGAGGACUUUAAUGCUAACA